AUGCAAGUACAUUUGGACAGUGAAUGUAUUCCUGGAAAAUACGAUGAUCAGUGUACAAAUGAUUGCUCAGACAACUGUAAGGACAACACAUGCAUGAAAAGCAAUGGACAGUGUAUAGUAUGUGUUAAUGGAAAGUACGGUGGUACUUGUAACUUCGAUUGUUCUGACAACUGUAAAGACAAAGCAUGCAUGAAGGACAAUGGAUAUUGUCUAGAAUGCAAUCUUGGAAAACAUGGGAAUAUGUGUGAAUUGAAUUGCUCUGACAGCUGUACAGACAAAAACUGUAUGAAGAGCAAUGGACAUUGUAUAGGUCCGAAACAGCCAGACAGUUUUAAAACCAUUGCAGUCGGAAUAGGGAUCGGAUCUGGGGUAGUCAUUCUGGCUCUGGUUGUAUUGGUCAUCAUAUUGGUCAGACGUCUCUCAACGAACAAAGGAGACAACAUGAAUUCCACAAGUAUGGCAGAUUUGUCUCAGUCGGUCAGGCAACAUGAGUUACAUAGUAGCAAAGAUGAUACAUACGACAAGAUAGGAGCCUAUACCACGGAACCACCUAUUCAGACGAACACUGUUGAUGAAAAUUAUGAACAACUGGACCCUCUAAAGAGAGAACCUGCACAUGUUUACGAGACUACGACGACGGCUGUGCUGUAAAUGAGGGCAAAAAGACAAGGAUAUGGAGCCUAUUAAAACUCUAAAUACAUAUUAUGCACUGUAUACAUGUUAUCAUCAUAAUACUUUGCAAACACAUCAAGUCGUCAUCUAUCAUUAAGGGGGAGAUACAAGUCAUAUGGCACAUCUACUUGCAUAUAUAGCUCAGUAUAAUAUUUCACUUUAGCAACAACAAACAUACCCUUAUCACAUACCAAAAUGUUCGUAAGAACAUAAUGAUCAUUUAUAGACAAUAAUAUUUUUUUAAAUUUAACUAAAAAUGUUCAGAGAUCAUAUUUAAAUUUAUUGGAUGGUUGCAUCCCUGGCUUACACAAGAUAAUAAGUCCAUUUUCACAAAAAUGUUAUUUAAUUUCAUUAAUCCAUAGUUUAUGAAAACCUACAAAGGAGUUCACUCAAAAUCCAUUUACAAUGAAAUACUGAAACAAUUGUUUUAUGGUUGUUGACCAAAGUUGGCAACCAUUGUUUGCUAGAAGAUAGUCCAUGUAGUCAGUGAAGCAGAAAUUAUGGAGGCUCAAAACUGCAAAGCUGAAAAUAGCAAAACAAUAUUUCCUUCGGUUUUGGCUCAUUCCUCUUAAAACAUUGACAGCUUCAUUAUCUUCAAAUAUAGUUUCGAUUUCCAAUUUAGAUAAUUGUUAAGACAAUCUUUAAAAGAGGUAUCACCCUUUAUUUUAUCUUCAUUUCAAAAACUGUUCAGGGGUUUUCUCCCUGAUUUCUUCAAAGGUGGUCGUCUUUAAAUCUUCUUGGCUAAGUUAACAAAACAUGGAGCUGUUGUGCUCUCCAAAUCGGAAUUUUAUUUUGAUUAUAUUUAAAAGAACUAUUGCCCCAUUUUUCUUCAACGGUUAAUAAUGAUAAUAAUAUACAAUAUUUAUAUAGCGCCAUAUAUAAUUUGAUAAAUUAAUCUAACGCGCUUUACAACAUAUAAUGACAGUAUAAGCUAUCAUUGUGAAACAAAAACGGUUUACAAUCACCAUUGUACAUUAACCAAGAAGAUAAGUAUCGCAAUGUGCACAUAAAUGAAUAAAUAUAGGGUGGUAUUUACAUGACGUCUAGCAUUUCAAUAUUGUCCGGAGGUUCGUUCUUUCAAUUUUUUUUUUAUUUUCAUGAGGUGUGUCUGUGCUUCCCAAUUCAAAAUUAUUAAUUGAACAUAGUUUAAAUAGCUAUCUCUAUUGACAGAUUAUGCAAAGCCAAAUAAUAUAGUUACCUCGUGUAUGAAAUUCAUGUGAUAAUCUGCAGACAUGAGCUUUUUCUGUUCAAUGUACCUGUUGUGUAGAAAUCAAGAUAGAAUCUACAAAGUGUGAUAGGUACAUUUUUCACACCAGUAAACAUAUAGCUGUACAACUGAUCAAGUAUAUGACUUCCAUAAUUGUUGGUUGUCUGAAAAUAUAAGUUAACAAAACAUAAGUAAAAAUAACGUUAAUAAGCUUCAUUAUAAAGAUUGACUGAUUAUAUGCUCUGAGAUUUCAGUUAUCUUGACUAUAUUUCAUUCAAAUGAAUUUAGUGAAAUAUACACACUGUUGUAGAAUACUUAAACCCAUGCUGAUUAUCAAAUGUUUUCCUUGGUGCAAGGCCUGGAAAUUAUGUUUUUGAUAACCCGACUGACAUUAAUUUUAAAUCUUCUUUCUCUUUUUAACAAUAGUAAAAAAAAAACAGUUUGUUAUGCCUUGUUCACGUAUUCAACAUCAGAGUGAAUUGUCCAGUGAAUCACAUAUACUUGUAUACGGUUAUUAGAAAAUUCGUUGUUGAAAUUAAACCUCUGUUAUAGGUGUGAAAAUUACCUGCUGCAGUGCACUUUCUAUUGUUAGUGCAAGGACUUCAAUUACUUUGAAAUAAACAGUGGCUGUGUAAAAUUCAAAGCUGAGCAUGGGGUUUUGCUUUGAUCAGCUUCAACUGUUUCAACAAGUUGAACCAAAAAAGAAAGCACAGUCACAGACGGAAACCGGGGCUGACCUUUGGGUAUGGCACAUGUAAAUCAAGGGGUUUAUAUGUUUAUCAUGGAAUACAUUUUUGUCAUUAACACAGUCCAGUAAAUAUAAAACAUAAACUGAACAACUGUGUACCUGUUCUUUCACUAUUGUAUCUAUGGAUAAUAGUCCGUCCGACAGAUUUAACUCGGCGCCUUCCUGAUGUGCGAACACUUUGAGCAGAAGGUUCUUUUGUUUUUACCUGGAAAUAGUUUUUAGAAUUAUAUAUUGCAUUAAUUUCUCCAUUACUUUAUAGCAUCAAAGCAUGCCAAAUUAUUGAGAAAUAAAUUAUUGUUUUUCAAACAUAUAAAUCAGAAGAAGGUCUUGCACCAAUUAAAUAAUGUAAAAUCUAAAUGUGAAAUAAAAUGUUAUGAUUCAGUCAGUUACUAAAUUUUAUAAGAAUCACACGUUUGCAUACUGAACUCCGCUCGACCAAUCAACUUGUGUUUACCUGAUGCUUUUGCCUUAGACACCGUUGUAUUUUUCAUCUGUAUUGUUGGCAGUUCUCACGGGUUUCCACACAAAUGAAUGUGGUGGAUUUCCGUUACUACAGGAGGUCACUUAGUCCAUACAGCGAGAAAGUUGUCGGACCCCAAACCAAUGCUUGUAACCACGUGAGAAAAUGUUGAUCUGAUACGUUUAACACAAAACAAACACAUUAUAAAAAGUGUUAUAGGAGCGAUAAGGAACUGACUAUCUGCGAUCGACUAGCUAAAUGAUAAUAUAUGCAGCAUAUAUUGCAAAAUAUACAAGGAUCUCGAACGUAAUGAUAAUACAUGUAUUUAUGUGUAAAUUGUACCUGCUUGCAAAUGGACCUGUCCUUGGUUGAUUACCGGAUGUGUCCAACUACAUAUGUGCUAUUGUAUAUACUCCUCUUCCGAAGAACUACAAGUGUGUCAGUUGUAUACUUUUUGAGCAUUUAAGUAAAAUAUUGCAUAUUUCUAUGAUACAAUUAUUGUUAUCAUUUUGAGACUACAAUAUCAGUUUGAUUGAUGUUUU